AUGACAGGCGGCGCUUCAAGCAAAGGAACCAAAGGAUGCGCGUUCGACACUGUGGCUAUGGCAAGCGAGCAGCUGGGAGCAACCAGCCAAAUGGCGACACCCGAUAGCGCGGUGCCAACGCUAGGUCCUGACGACACGGCGUAUGGGCCUGGCAGCUCAACGGAGCCGACACAUGGGCCUGGCGCCUCAACGGAGCUGGCACCAGGGCCUGACGACACGGCGGAGACGACGCAUGGUCAUGACGAUACGACGGAGCCGGCACCAGGGUCUGACGACACGGCGGAGACGACUACAAUGCCCGAUGGCACGACCAUGCCGACGACUCAAUCUGGGGUUUCGAGGUCUACAGUUGCGUUGUUUUUGUAG